GACGAGAAAAAAAAAAACUAAAUAAACAAACAUCUCACUAAUUUUAAUGGAAUUUAUUUAUACUUUAAAGUGUUAAGUGUAGCUAACUAGCGGCUGAUAUAUUUACUUGAAAUUGUGAUCAGCAAAAUGUUACAAAAAGUAUUACUCUCUACAGAUGUGACCCUUGUUUGUGUUCAACAUGCUCUUUCGACUGAAAAAGAAGAAAUAAUGGGAUUGUUGAUUGGAGAGGUGCAUAAUAACAAUACAUUAGUAUCAAUAGUAUCCUCUGUUAUAUUACGGCGACUGGACAAAAAACCUGACAGGGUUGAAAUAUCUGAAGAACAGCUGGUACAGGCUACACUACGAGCUGAAGAGUUAGCGGCAGAAGUAGGACGGCCACUUAGAGUAGUGGGUUGGUACCACUCCCAUCCACACAUUACAGUAUGGCCCUCACAUGUCGAUCUUGCUACACAGUAUAUGUAUCAAAGAAUGGACUCUAGCUUUGUUGGCAUAAUAUUUGCAGUAUUCCUUACAGAUCAAACAGCAAAGGCACCUUCUAUACAAAUAACUUGUUUUCAAUCUAUCAACGAAGGCUCAACUCAGAGCAGAAGAGAAAUAGAGUUAGAGAUAACAAAUAACAAUGACUCCCUUACCACUAAUAACUUCCAGAUUUUGACACAGCUACCAGCUAUAUUAAAGGAAGAGGAAGAUGAAGCAUUUAAAAACGAAGCUGGGGAAAUUGAAACUGAUGAUAUUAUUAACAAGCAGCACAAUUCUGCUGUGAGGACUAUUGCAAUUGGACAUAUAGUUGAAAAGGUUUCUCGUCCCAUGUUAGAAGCACUGGUUGCAAGAAAUGCAUUAAACAGCAUCCGUCUAAGGGCACUGAAAAAGCAACAUCAGGAGUUGAUGUCUAGGUUAGAGAAUAUGUCUUGUAAUGUAUAGAUUAAGUACAAUGAUAUGUAAGCUAACAUUGUAAUAACUGGUUUGUUGCAAUAAAAUCAUAUUGCUUAAAAUAUUUAAAGUACA